CUGGAGGGCUUCACGCAGAGCCGGGGGGGCUCUUGUGGCCUCUGACAUUUGGUGAUUCUGUGAUGACAUUUCAGGCUCAUUCCGUUCAGUGUUGGAACCAUCUGAUGUCCCCUCCCCCUAGGUUACAGAUGGGGAAACUGAGGCCCAGGGGGGAGAAGUGGCUGGCUGGGAUGGCCCUCACAGGUGGCUGUUGUAGGAGCAAACCCAAGUCCUCUGGCCUUCUCCUUUCCCACUGAGCAUGGCUGCCCCCCCGCUCCCGUGGGCCUCCUGGAGCCUCAGCCCUUCCUUUGACCAAACAGAGAGAGCUGGGCUGGCGUUCGGAGCCUUUGCAGAGGGGCCCCUGUAAACACCAGAUCGCGUCCUGAGGCGGCCGUCCCCGGAGCAUGGGUACCACGGCCAGCACCGCCCAGCAGACAGCGGUGUCGGGCCCCCCGUUCGAGGGCCUCCAGGGCGGCAUGGAGGACCGCCACUCCCUCAGCAUCCACUCCUUCCAGGCCGCUGGCCCCCACAACAGCCGGGCCAAGUCCAUCAUCACCAACAAAGUGGCCCCCGUCGUGAUCACGUACAACUGCAGAGAGGAGUUCCAGAUCCACGAUGAGGUGCUCAAGGCCCAUUACACAGUGGGCCGGAUCUCGGAGUCCACACAGGAGCACUACCUGGUCCAGGGGCGCUACUUCCUGGUCCGGGACGUCUCGGGGAACAUGGACAUCCUGAACACCACGGGCGGCUGCGGGGCCCCCAACUUCCGCCAGGCGCGGGGCGGGCACGCCGUGUUCGGCAUGGGGCAGCCCAGCCUGGCGGGCUUCCGGAGGCUCCUGCAGAAACUCCAGGGCGACGGCCACAAGGAGUGCAUCUUCUUCUGCGUUCGGGAGGAGCCCGUCUUGUUCUUGCGCCUGGACGAUGACUUCGUGUCCUACACGCCCCGGGACAAGCAGAGCCUGCGCGAGAACCUGCGGGCCCUGAGCCCGGGCGCGCAGCCGGAGACCUUGGAGCUGGCCAUCCGGAAGGAGAUCCACGACUUUGCCCGGCUGGGCGAGGGCACGUACCACGUGUACCACGACGUCGAGCGCUUCCGGGACGAGCCGCGCUCCGUGCGCAUCCAGGGCGAGGACGACAUCCACGUGACGGAGGAGGUCUACAAGCGCCCCCUCUUCCUGCUGCCGUCCUACAGGUACCACCGACUGCCUCUGCCAGAGGCCGGGGCGCCCCUGGAAGCCCAGUUUGAUGCCUUCAUCGGGUUCCUCCGGGAGCACCCCAGCCUGCUGCCGCUCCGGGACCCCUCGGGGGCGCCCCCCGCCCUGGUCUUCAGCUGCCAGACGGGCAUCGGGAGGACCAACCUGGGCAUGGUCCUGGGCACUCUGGUGCUCUCUCACUGCAGGAGGCCGGCCAGGAGGCCAGAGGCAGCCCCCUCCCCCCCUGACGCCGGGCCCCCGGAGCACUCGGAGGUGGUGCAGAGCUUCAUCCGCAUGGUCCCCAAGGGGAGGCAGAUUGUGGAGGAGGUGGACCACAGCUUAGCGGCCUGCUCCGAGCUGCAUGACCUGAAGGAGGCCGUCUCAGAAAAGCCGGAAGGGCCCGGCGGGGAGCAGCCGCAGGGAAAUGGUGGCCCAGAACCCCGACAGCAGAAGACUCUGCAGAGCUUGGAACGCUACUUCUACCUGAUUGCCUUCAACUACUACCUGCACGAGCAGUACCCCCUGGCUUUUGCCCUCAGUUUCAGCCGCUGGAUGUGUGGGCACCCGGAGCUGUACCGGCUGAGCGUGAAGGAGCCCGCAGUCCUCUGGGAGCCGGCCGCCAAGGAAGCGUGGGUGCUGGUGGCGGACGAGCCCUUCUCCCCCGACGUGCUCAGCACUGCCCGCGAGAUGGACGUGGCCAACUUCCGCAGGGUGGCCAAGAUGCCCGUCUACGGCAUGGCCCAGCCUAGCACCAAGGCCGUGGGGAGCGUCCUGGCUUAUCUGACGGACCCCAAGAGGAAGCACCGGCGAGUGAGCUGGAUCAACCUUCGGGAGGAGGCGGUCUUGGAGUGCGACGGGCAGACUUACACCCUGCGGGAGCGGGGCGACCUGAUGGAGCCCGUGCCCGGCCCCGCCGCGCUGCCCCCCGAGCAGCUGGAGAAACUGGAGUCCCAGCUGAAGGCCCGCGUGCUGGCGUCCCCCAAGCGGAUCGAGGUGCACCCGGACCAGGACCGGCCCAAGCCGAUCCAGAAGUGCCUGACCAUGCAGGACGUCGCCGGCCAGAGCCGGGACCUCUCCUAUCAGCGGCUCCCCAUCCCGGACUUCUGCGCCCCGAGGGAGCGGGACUUUGAGCGCCUCCUGCAGGUGGUGAGGGAGGCUCUGGCCAAGGAGCCCAGCACCGGCUUCGUGUUCAGCUGCCUGAGCGGCCAGGGCCGGACCACGACGGCCAUGGUGGUGGCCGUCCUCGCCCUGUGGCACAUUACCGCCUUCCCCGAGAUGGGCGAGGAGGAGAUUGUGAGUGUGCCGGACGCCAAGUACACCAAGGGAGAGUUUGAGGUAGUGAUGAAGGUGGUCCAGCUGCUGCCAGAUGGGCACCGGAUAAAGAAGGAGGUGGACAUGGCUCUGGACACAGUCAGCGAGACCAUGACCCCGAUGCACUACCACCUGAGGGAGAUCAUCAUCUGCACCUACCGCCAGGGAAAAACGGCCAAGGAAGAGCAGGAGGCGCGGACUCUGUACCUCAGAAGCCUGCAGUACCUGGAGCGCUACAUCUUCCUGAUCCUUUUCAACGCCUACCUUCACCUGGAGAAGCCGGGUUCCUGGCAGCGGCCCUUUAGCGUCUGGAUGCUGGAGGUGGCCGCCAAGGCCGGAGUCUACGAGAUCCUCAACCACUUGGGCUUCACGGAGUUCGAGGCCAUCGAAGACAGAUCCCUGUCCAGGCUGCGCUACCGAUGGCAGGAGCGGACCCUCAGCCCCGGGCCCUUCCUGGGGGACUUCCUGUAGGAGGAGGAGCAGAGCGUCCCGCCCACUGCGCCGUCGGCCUCCCGGGACGCCUCCCCCUGCUGGUGGCUCCUCCCCCUUUUGCCGGGAGAAGGAAGGGGCCGGGCCGCGGCCUGAAGGAAAAGGCUUCUCCUUUCCCCGAGAGCCGGGUGGGGGAUGGGCUGGGGAACCUGCCUUACUUAUAAAGGGAGCUUUGAGAGGGACCUUUCUCCACACAAUAAACCGCAUUGUAAAGGAA